CGCCCUGCUCCAUGCAUUCUGUUUCGCAGUGGUCCGCCCCCCCUUCUUCACCGCCAACCUUGGUUGAAGCCAAAGCACAACAUCAUGGCGAUUGAUGGUGGCGAGCGUAGCUGUGGUGUACAUGAGUUGAUCUGCGUCAGAAAAGUCUCUCCAGAGGCGCUUGGAUUUUUGACAGCCAUUGGACUCUUCAUUAUCCUUAUGACUCUCCUUUUCUGGUACCUUAACAACAAGUUGCCCCUAGAGAAUGCAGGGAGCCUUCAGUGCCUUGAUGACUUCAGGAAAAACACAGAACAGCAAGAGGUUUAUGAUAAUGAUGAUGAGCAUGCUUCGUCAUCAUCAGACAGUGAGGACGAAUUGAUGGGUCAGUAUCAAGAAGCAGUCAGCCGGGCUCAAGGUCUAAGAGGAGGAGCCAAGGUGUCUACUAAUGUCAGACAAGAGGGACGAUUCAGGUGGGAGAACCGACAGAAGUACAGCCCUCUGAUGGCUGAUUAUGACGGCUACAGUAGCGACGCCUCAGCUGAUGUUGCUAACUGUAUCCAGAGGAUGAGGCGGACACCUCCCCUGGAUGAACUCCAACCUCCGCCAUAUCAGGAUGAAAAUGGAUCCCCACGGAUGUCUUAUACACUCUCAGACCUGGGUGAUGCCAAGUGUGAUCUCUCACAAACAAGUGGUAGCCCUCACCUUUCCUUUCGCAAAUGCGCCAGCGAGGGAAGUGAUGGCCAUGAGACAGAGAGUUAUCUCAAUAAGGGCUAUGAAGAAGAUGUACCCAGCGACAGUACCGCUGUCCUCAGCCCAGAGAUGUCUGCCCAUGGUUCAGUGGCACAGCUCCUGAAAAACUACGAACCGGAUCAGGUUGCAAAAUAUGGCACUCUCGAUGUUGUGUUUGACUAUGAUUCAGAAGAGCAGCAGCUGGCGGUGACCAUCAUGGCAAUAACAGACCUUCCCAUUCAAAAACACACUGGAAACAUCUCCUGGCAAGUCCACCUAGUUCUGCUGCCCACAAAGAAGCAGAGGGCAAAAACAGGAAUCCAAAGAGGCCCAUGCCCUCUCUUCACAGAGACCUUUCACUUUUGCCAUAUGGAGUCUGAGAUGAUUGGCAACUAUGCCAUCAGAUUUCGACUUUACAGUAUGCGACGAAUGAAGAAGGAGAAGGUGCUGGGGGAAAAUGUGUUUUAUCUCACCAAGCUCCACCUUCAAGGAAAGAUGACUGUGCCAGUCAUUUUAGACCCCUGCUGCAUUCACCCAGGUGCUGAAUCCCAAAUAAGUCUCUCAGACAUGACGUGCAGUGAAAGCGCCUCAUCAUUCCCUUCAGUCAGUCAAUCUUCCACACCAGAAAUCCUGGUGGGCCUUGUGUACAAUGCAACAACAGGACAUCUCUCUGUGGAGGUCAUCAAAGGAAUUCAUUUCAAGAACCUAGCUACUAAUAACCCACCCACUGCCCAACCCUUGUUGUCAGAUGGGCUGUUCUGUUGUCUAAAACACUUGAUAGGUGGACAGGUUUAUAUUAUCAGAGACACAUACGUUAAGCUGACCUUACUGAACUCCAUGGGCCACGAGAUGUCCAAGUGUAAAACAUCUAUCUGUCGAGGCCAACCCAACCCGACCUACAAAGAGACGUUUGUCUUCCAGGUUGCCCUUUUCCAGCUAUCUGAUGUAACGCUCAUUCUUUCCGUUUACAACAAGCGCAGUAUGAAACGAAAGGAGAUGAUUGGCUGGAUAUCUCUUGGCCUCAACAGCUCCGGAGAGGAAGAGCUCACCCACUGGACAAUGAUGAAAGAGUCCAGAGGACAGCAGGUUUGCCGCUGGCACAGUCUUUUAGAAUCCUAACUGCACCACAAAUGUCAGGAAGAAUAUGAGCACUAAAUUUUAAACUCUGUUGAUGGUGACAGUUAAGAUUAUUUUCUUCAGUACCAGGGAGUUGAUGAUCAACCUGAAAGAGCUACUACUCAUGUUACAAUUUCAGUUAUAUUAAUUGUAAGCAAUUGCAAUUGUUUCCCCUAAGUAUUAACAAUUACAACGUAAUUCUCACUUGAAUUAGUGCAGGCACAUCACCAAACACAGGACCCCCUGACAUGCAAACAAAAUACUUAUGUCAUAGAUACUGAAGUAAUUUUAUGAUCUUAAGUUUCCAUCCCUGAUUGCUCAAUGAAAUACUCAGUAGAAGUGAACAUAGUUGUCUUCAAAUACUUUGAGUUAGUCCAUAAUUACAAUGAAGUGUACAGCUUCUUUUUUUAGUAAUGACAACUCAAGGUCAACUCUGGUGCUAUGCGGUUGCUUUGCUGCAAAUACAAUCUCUUGCCUUAUGGCUUUGUCCUUCUGUAUAUUUCUGUAAAAGAAGCAAAAUCAUAAACUUUUUUUGUUGCGUGAUUACUGACUGUGACUGAGUACAGUAUUCCACUCAAACGAUCCUAACACACCACUUCCCCAUACCAUGUACAGAUAACUGGAAACUUUCAAAUAAUCUAAAAAAGCUUGCUUUGUGCAGUGUUUACAAAGUGUGUACUGUAUGCGGUUGAAAAUGUGUUGAAAUUUACGAGAAAGUGAGAAACAAUUUUUGAUAUUUGUGUUCUUGAUGUUUUUAUAUUUGUAACCAUUAUCCAGAAAACUAUUAGUGUUGCACAGGUUUCGGUACCGAUAUACUGCACUAAAAUGACGUCAUCGGUAUUUGGGAGUACUGAAAAAUAACAUGCCCAUGCUGCGCAAUACAUAGUCUUCAAGAUCUAUUUUUCAACCACCGGUCGCCCCACCCAAGACGGUGGCCAGCUAUGCUCACGGCCAUAAAAAAGGCCAUGGCGUACCGCAAGCAACACGUCACUUCCGCUCAUUAAUAUUCAUGACGUUAGCUACCUUUGCUAAGUGUUACGUCCGCGAAUACGGAAAUAAGGUUGGACCAAGCAACAGACAACAAGCGGGGAUGGCGUACAAGGGUUUAUUAAUCAUAAACGAAAAAACAACACACGAUUGUGGAAAGGUAGAACAAACAAAAAGGGUCAGUGACAGUAGGUCGACGGGGCUCAAUAAUACAAGGGUUUAUUAAGCACUCACGAAAAACAACACGCGAUUGCGGAAAGGCAGAAAAAACAAAAAGGGUCCGUGACAGUAGGUUGACGGGGCUCAAUAAUACAACUCGAGGGUAACUAAGACAAUAGGCAGAGAGCCGGCAAAAACAAAUACUCAAAUACCUGCACAAGGUCGAGAUUCAACGGAGGGCAGAACACAAACAAAAUCCUAGGCAGGGAAUACGCGAAAGUAGCGAGGCUAUAGUGCGAGAAUCAAAUGGCGAUCAGCAGGCAAUAUCUCGACAGCUUUCUUCGGGAUCAGCCGUGCUUAAAUGCUGUGUUGAUGAGCCUGGAUUGAGUGCAGGUGCGACGUCUGGAACGCCCCCACAAUGAGCUCUGUAACAAAACAAUCUUACCAACAGCAGAACGUGACACUAAGGGAAGACACGCCACCGUUUGUCCCCAAUAGGAAAUGAAUGGAAAUCGUGUACGACGGAGAUGUUUACAAAGCUAAACCUACCAAUUCUCUCCGAAAAUGAUGUCCCUGGUGCCAAAUUCACUUGCUAAGAUGUGGAAGUACAUAAAAAUGUUCAGUUUAAGAGGUGGCUUGAGUGUCGAGGGCUAAAAAAGAAGAAGAAGAGAAAAAAAACGAGCCGAACUUAGCAUAGCCUUAGCUUUUUUAUCGACGCCUUUUUCUUACGCGACUGACAAUGACAUUCUCCUGUUCCAACAAGCUAUCCUUUACCACCAGCCCCUUUUUUUCCUAUAUAUUAUAUCGUCUGGUUGUCCUACGUCUUUGACCGUUCUUGGGGGUAAUUUAUAUUUUGUGUAGCGAUCACAAUAGCUAUUCAGUGACAGCCAACAAACACUUUAAAUUUUUUCAACGAUAACAAAUCUUAAUUCUAUAACUUAUUUACACUUCCCCCUUACUAAAGUUUUUUUUUUUUUUUACAACAGAAAAGGUAACAGUGGCAGUUAGAUACCAUUUUAAUUCUUUUCAGGUCAUUCGUUGUCAGACAGAAGCCGCACGGCACAACGUCACGCUAAAAAAUAAGUUAAAAAUAUCAAAAUGGCUUACCUCUUUGUCCUCUGAAAGACCAUGCCAACCCAACAAAAUGUUUACUGCAUAUGAAAUAUGAAUGGCUUCACCCUGGCUUCACCUUGCUGGCGUUAACUUAAAACGUCCGCGGAGGUUGAUUAAUUCUUCACAUUUUUUUUAUGAAGAAAACAUCCUUCGUAUGACGCAAUGUCUAGAGUCGUUUCUAUAAGUUCCUAAAAAGCGAUGUGUGAUCAGCAUGUUCGUUUUUGAAAGACUACCGGAGAAAAGUAGCAGAAUUAACAUGGUUUCUAGCGAGGGUGGGUCUAUAAUGUCCCACUUCUGCUUUACUUCCGCUUUAUGAUGCAACGUCACGGUCUAAAAAUUGCAUGCGUGCAGUACGCCAUUGGAUGUCUAGCGCCCUCAAUGGCAGCCAAUGAGUUAAGCCAUGUCUGAGCAAGCCAUGAUAUAAUUACUUUGCAUUCAAGUGAGUGUGCAGAAAAUUAGGAUUACAAUAAAAAAUAAAAUACAGAUUACAAAAACAAUUUGUAUCGGUACAGUAUUGGCCUAUACAACACAGCCAAUAAAUGGGAUCGGUGCAACACUAAAUACUAUAACCCACUUUUUGACUGUUGCUGUCCUCCUAUAUCUAUUUUUGUACCACAUAUAACAGGAAGGAAAAUGUCUUACAACAGUUAUUAAUGAAUCUUUUAUGAAUUCAUUCUGUUAUGCAGUGCUGCUGUCAUUUAUCUGAUAAUAUUUAUAUAAUUUAUUAAUGCGUCUUUUAUGGAGAACCGUUUAAUUUUUUGGGAGCUUGUCUAGUCAUUAAGGCUUCGUGUCGUCGGUUCUCUCAAUAAACAGAAGCACAGCCAGAGCAGAUCGCUACACCAGAAGCACACUGUGUUAAAAAUGACUUGGCAUAAAACUGAAUGUAACUAUUUACAGUGCUGGCCAAAAGUAUUGGCACCCCUGCAAUUUUGUCAGAUAAUGCUCAAUUUCUCCCAGAAAAUGAUUGCACUUACAAAUGCUGUGGUAGUAUUAUCUUCAUUAAUUUUGCUUGGAAUGAAAAAAAACAAAAAAGGAGGAAAAAAUCAUUAUCAUUUUACAUAAAACUAAAAAAAAUGGUCCGGCCCAAAGUAUUGGCACCAUUUGAAAAAUCAUGUGAUGCUUCUCCAAUUUGUGUAAUUAACAGCACCUGUUAUUUACCUGUCGCACAUAACAGGUGGUGGCCAUAAUUAAAUCACACUUGCAGCCAGUUAAAAUGGAUUCAAGUGGACUAAACCUCUGUCCUGUGUCCUUGUGUGUACCACAUUGAGCAUGGAGAAAAGAAAGAAGACCAAAGAACUGUCUGAGGACUUGAAAAACAAAAUUGUGAAGAAGCAUGGGCAAUAUCAAGGCUACAAAUCCAUCUCCAAAGACCUGAAUGUUCCCGUUUCUACCGUGCGCAGUGUCAUCAAUAAGUGUAAAGCCCAUGGCACUGUGGCUAACCUCCCUAGAUGUGGACGGAAAAGAAAAAUUGAAGAGAGAUUUCAACGAAAGAUUGUGCGGAUGGUGGACAAAGAACCUCGACUAACAUCCAAACAAGUUCAAGCUGUCCUGCAUUCCAAGGGUACAACUGGGUCAAGUUCAAGCUGUCCUGCAGUCCGAGGGUACAACAGUGUCUGUUGGCGUCUGAAUGAAAAGGGACUCUAUGGUAGGAGACCCAAGAAGACGCACUUCUGAGCCAGAUACAUAAAAAAGCUAGGCUGGAGUUUGCCAAAACUUACCUGAGAAAGCCAAAAACGUUUUGAAAGAAUGUUCUCAGGUCAGAUGAGACAAAAGUAGAGCUUUCUGGGAAAAGGCAUCAACAUAGAGUUUUCAGGGAAAAAAACUAGGCCUUCAAAGAAAAGAACACGGUCCCCACAGUCAAACAUGGCGGAGGUUCCCUGAUGUUUUGGGGUUGCUUUGCUACCUCUGGCACUGGAGCGCAUGACCGUGUGCAUGGCAUUAUGAAGUCUGAAGACUACCAACAAAUUUUGCAGCAUAAUGUAGGGCCCAGUGUGAGAAAGCUGGGUCUCCCUCACAUGUCUUGGGUAUUCUAGCAGGACAAUGACCCAAAACGCAUUCUGAAAAGCACUAGAAAAGUGUUUGAGAGAAAGCACUGUAGACUUUAAAGUGGCCAGCAAUGAGUCCAGACUUGAGAAGACCCGUGUAGAGAUCUGAAAAUGGCAGUUUGGAGAAGGCCCCCUUAAAAUCUCAGAGACCUGGAGCAGUUGGCCAAAGAAGAUAGGUCCUCCACCUCCAUACACUUUUCUGUCCCCCCCGCUUGCCUCAGCACCAUAGGGAGUAGGGCAUUGUGAGAAACUCAGUGAUGGAUACUGGAAGCGGUUGUUCACAGUUAUUUUGUCUAAAGGUUGUGCUACGUAUUAGGCUCAGUGUGCCAAUACUUUUGUCCCGCCCAUUUUUGGAGUUUUGUGUGAAAUGAUAGUGAUUUCAUUUUUUUUUUUUUUUCAUUCUCUUUUGUUUCUUUUCAUUGCAAGCAAAAUAAAUGAAGAUAUAACUACCAAAGCAUUUGUAAUUAAAAUCAUUUCCUGGGAGAAAUUGAGCAGUAUCUGACAGAAUUGCAGGGGUGCCAAUACGAUUGGCCAGCACUGUACUUUGAUAAAAGACCCAAUAGCAGUCAUUGGCAGUAACUAUAAAGAAUGUUAAUGUAUAAUUAAUGGUGCAUUCCAAUGAUCAGGAAUACAGUUUUCCUAAAAGUCGUAAUUGUUUCAAAAAUAAUCAAAACCAAAAUGCAUGCUUCUGUUUUUGCACCUUUUAUAUGAGCUUCACUCUGCCCAAAGAUUCAUAAUCCCUGUACUUGAAUGUAACCAAGGACUGGCUCCUUGUUCUAAAACCUCUGUAUUUACGAUACAUUCAUAAAGGUCUAACUUGAUACAGGGGGAAGAAAAGGUGUGAGAACCUUUUGGAAAUUCUUAAAUGUCUGUAUUUACUGCUAUAAUAUGGUCUCCAUCAAAAUAAAAAAACAAGAAUAAACUGAGUCUGCUGAAAUUACAAUAUCACACAAUGUUUUUUUUUUUUUCUAAUAUGUAGAACAUGAAAAAAUACACUGGACAGGGAGGAAAAUGUGUGUGAACUCUUGUAUUGAAUAACCUGUUGCCCCUCCUUUGGGAGCAUUCUCACCAAUCCUACAUCAGCACACCCACCAGGAUGAAUUUUGGAGUAUCUUCCUUGACAAGAUUGUUGCAGUUCAGUUGCUGGGAUGUCUGUUGUGAAUAGGUCUCUUGUGGUCAGGCCAAUUUCAAUGGUUCACUUAAUUUAUUCUCCCUGUACUUUGAACAUUUGUUUCCUUUAUAAAUGUGUAAUAUAUGUGCCGUAAUAGUUUCAGUAGCCUGAUUUUUUUGCCGUGGGUUUUUGAUGAUCAGAACACUUUUUUUCUGAUUAUUUCAUACAAAAAUUUUUAAAAAUUCACAAACGUUUCCCAUCUAUUACAUUACAUACAGUUGAAGUUGAAAGUUAACAUACACUGUGCAAAAACACACAUUUGAUUUCUUGUCACACUGUCUGAAGUCAAAUUAUUAUCAAAAUAUUAUUUUCUUCGACGUCAAAAGUUUACAUCCACAAAUGGUACCAUGUCUUUAAAAAACAUGGAGGGAGUUUAAGAGAGAUGAAGACAUCAUGCUUUAAGGCUCCGGAUAGAUUAACUGACAACAUGUGCGUUAAUUGCUGGCACAUUUGGGAAUGUAUUUAAGGCCACACCUCAUUUAAAAAAAUAAUAAUCAUUUCAGUAACCCUGACGGACCUGAAACAGGAGAGGUUUACGUAAUCGGAUUUGACUUCAGACAGUGAGACAAAAAAAAUGUGUGUUUUUGCACAGCGACCCAAAAACAAUGAAAUGUGUGUUUUUGAACAGUGUAUGUAAACUUCCGGCUUCAACUGUAUGUUGACAAUCAUGCGCCUACCUUCUGCAGAGUAUUCUGAAGUUAUGUAAAUUGCAUAAGGGAAAAGAUGUUACCAUCAUUCUCUUUUGUUGUCUGUGGUCUUCCGGGUUGUUUAUUGAAGAGCUCACAAGGGCUUUCUUUGUUUUUUAUUUUUAUUUUUUAUUUUUUUUAAUGUCCUCCUUUGCAUUACUUGUAUUAUUGUGGGGCAGCAUGGCUCAGUGGUGGAGUAGUUGUUCCCCAACUCAGAGAUUGUGGGUUCAAUCCACUAUCUUGGUGACCAUGUUAAAGUUUCCUAAACAAUAUACUGAACCCCAUGCUGCUCCUGAUACUGCAUCAUCUGGAGGUGAAUGAGGGAAUUGUGCCAAAAGGCUUUGAGUACCUUGAAGGUAGAAAAGCACUACAAGUGUUUAGCCCAUUUGCAAUACACACAAAAAUACUGUGGUGAUUUAAACUAGCAGUUUGUCAGCGCUACUUGUAUCGUAUUGAUACCUAUCACCACUAAAAUAAUGUCAUUUGGAUGGGGACCAUUAAGACAAAACUUGCCAAUGCUGUGCAAUCUGUACUUUUCGAGAUCCAGUUUCCAAUGGCUGCUCAUACUGCUCAAGAUGGCCUUCAGCUACAAACACAACUGUAAAAAAAAAAAGCAUUUGUUGCCAUUCCCCAAAUGAUAGGCGUCCAAUCAUCCUUCUGCUUUUACUUGAAUGAGUUUAUUAUUCUUAGACGCCCAAGCCAUUUGAAGCGGAAUGGUGGCAGAAAAGGAGUGAUGUCUAGUGAUGUCAAUGGCAGCCAAUGAGUUAAGAAGGAUUUCACCAAGCCAUGAUAGCAAUGCCUUUACAGUCAAUUGAGUAUUCAGUAAUUCAGUAUUAAAGGGGGGUCCGAACAUGGUAUCGGUACAGUAUCGACAUCAGCCAAUACCACACAGACAGGUGUCCCGAUUGAUAUCAGGAUCCAAAAAAUGGUAUCUAUGCAACAAUAAUGGUGUGUAGAGUCAAAACUGUAUUUUAAAAAAAGGAUGAUGGACAAGGUGAAUAUUAGUCUUAUUGCAAAGAUCGAAAUUCACAGCAAUUUGUUGAAACAAUGCUCUACUACUAGACAAUCCAUGCAUCGCUUCUGUAAUAAUAAAAGACCUGGCAAAAGAGUUAUUUCAUAAACCCACUAUGUUCAUGUUACCAACGUUUUUGAACUACAUUUGUUUUGAUUGCUCUCAUCAUCUAUACCUUUGCUGCAGGAGGGUAUCGGUGCCUUAUUGUGUUUUUUUUUUGUUUUGUUUCUUUCUUUCUUUUUUUACACAGCAACCUGAGAUUUAGUGUCUUAAUGUAUUUGUACCAGUAUAUAUACUGCACAUUUGUCUGCUGUUUUUGAUGGCUGUGAU